AUGGAUUCUCAUGUUAGUUGUCGAGCACCACCAUUAGGCUUAACAACGUCGAUUAAUUUCAACGCCGCCGAUUCUGACUAUCGGCUUCCUUUUCAUAUCCAGUUACGAUUACUAUCGAAUACAAGCCCUACAUUGGCCACCAGGUUAACGAUGAUGACGACGACAAACUCAAAUUCGAUAGACAUUUGUUUUCAAUUUUGCUCUGUACGGUUUCUUUGGCUGCAGCAAGGUUAUUGUAUGUUCAAAUGGCUUAUGUCGGAAGCUUAUCUUACACCAUACCAAAAAUCAAGGAAUUUAGCUGGCGAAAUUGCACAAGAGUAUGCGAAAAAAGUUAUUCUUAAUAUCAUUGCACACAACUUCCUUCUAUCCUUAAAAUGA